CACACCGAGAAACCCAACACGAUAAAAAUAGCGCCAAGCAGAGGCAGCACUCCCCAUCUCGGUUUCCUAUGGAAACGUCGCCGCCGUCUCUGCGUGCGUCUGCCCGGGGCAGCUUCGGAUGCUCCAUCGCACAUGGAUGCUCCGGCAGCCAGCAAGGACGGCGCUGAGGCUGCAGUUUCCCUCUGCGGGAGCGUUCCCAGCCGCCGUCCUUCUCUCACAGCUCAAGGCCGAUCAACGAGAGCCCGGAGGCUGCCCCGAACGCCGUGACCCUACUGCUUUGAGGCCAUCAGGAGGACAAACACCCCCCCGUCCAGCCCCCGUUACCCCCGCCUGAAACAAAGGCGCCGUGUGGGCUGCAGAAGGGGCCAUGGCACGGACGGUUCCUGCCUUCAUCACACCAACACAGAGGUGGAACUUUCUCACCCUGAGACUGAAAUGAAUGGAGAACCUCAGGGCUGGUGAUGCACCCAGGGACUUCUUGCUGCUCAUCUGCAGGGUGCACAGCCCUGAUUGUGAUAGAGAUGCCUGUGGGAUCAUCUGCUGCUGAGAGCUGCUGCACCCACUGAUCUGCUCCAAAGCUCCAUCUGUUCCCCAUGGUCCUCCAUGCUGCUAUGUCCCUCCGGGGGGCUCAUCCAGGAGGGGAAUAAUGCAGAAUCCCCCACAGAGGAGAGCAUCUCCCUGGCUCUCCAGGAGGGAUGAAGAUGCUAUGGCCAAGCUAUGGGUAAAAUUCCAGCGCUCCUUUCGGCGGAGACCUGUACGCUUCUUCACACUUCUGGCUCUCUACUUGGCAGCUGGCAGCUUGGUUUUCCUGCACGCAGGCUUCACUGGGGAGCCCCGGGUAGCAGGGAGCCAGCGCAGCCCUGGGGCAGGCGAGGGGCUGGGACUGCCUUACCUGGGGGGCACGCGGCUGAGCCGAGGUUUCCCAGAGGUGGCAGUGGGCCGGCGGCGUGGGCACUGGUUCAAGGGCAUGGCCAAGGAACCAGCAGAGAGGAGCAGAGCAGGUGAAUACAGCGCGGUGCGGAGCCGAGCACCCAAGAGCCGGGGCGGCCGUGAGAAGGAGGAGGACAGAGCAAGGUACAUUGGUUGCUACGUGGACAACACUCGGAGCCGCACGCUGCGCGGCGUGUCCUUCUUUGACUACAAGAAGAUGACAGUCUUCCGUUGCCAGGACAACUGUGCUGAACGGGGCUACCUGUACGCAGGGCUGGAGUUUGGUGCUGAGUGCUACUGUGGCCAUAAGGUUCAGGCACCCAAUGCCAGCGAAUCUGAGUGCAACAUGGAGUGCAAGGGUGAACGGAGCAGCACCUGUGGUGGGGCCAACCGUCUCUCCAUCUACCGCCUGGAGCUGGCCCAGGAAUCUGCCCGACGCUAUGGCAGUGCGAUAUUCCGGGGCUGCUUCCGCCAGCCAGACAAUGUCACCAUUGCUCUGCCUGCCAGCCAGCCCAUGCCCAACAUGUCUGUGGACAAGUGUGUGGACUUCUGCACUGAGAAGGAGUUCCCGCUGUCGGUGCUGGCUGGCACUGUCUGCCGCUGUGGCUUCCCCACCACGCUUUUCCCCCUGCAUGAGCGUGAGGAUGAGCAGCUCUGUGCCCAACGCUGUGCUGGAGAGGAGUUUGAGAGCUGUGGCACCACCGAGUUCCUGCUUGUCUACCAGACCCAGGUGCAAGACAACCGCUGCAUGGACCGCCGGUUCCUGCCCACCCGCUCCAAGCAGCUUGUUGCCCUGGCCAGCUUUCCUGGGGCUGGGAACACUUGGGCACGACACCUGAUUGAGCUCGCCACUGGCUUCUACACUGGCAGCUACUACUUUGAUGGGUCCCUCUACAACAAAGGGUUCAAGGGUGAGCGGGACCACUGGAGGAGCGGGCGGACGAUCUGCAUCAAAACCCACGAGAGUGGCCAGAAGGAGAUCGAGGCCUUUGAUGCUGCCAUCUUACUGAUCCGCAACCCCUACAAGGCACUGAUGGCAGAGUUCAACCGCAAAUACGGGGGGCACAUCGGCUUCGCUGCACAUGCCCACUGGAGGGGCAAAGAGUGGCCAGAGUUUGUGGCCAACUACGCACCGUGGUGGGCGACCCACACGCUGGAUUGGCUGCGCUUUGGCAGGAAGGUGCUGGUGGUGCACUUUGAGGACCUCAAGCAGGACCUCUUCAAGCAGUUGAAGCGCAUGGUGGGGCUGCUGGGCAUCGCUGCCUGCGAGGACCGCCUGCUGUGUGUCGAGGGGCAGAAGGAUGGCAACUUCAAGCGCUCGGGUUUGAGGAAGCUGGAGUAUGACCCCUACACCCCUGAGAUGAGGAAGAUGAUCAGUGGAUACAUCCGAACAGUGGACGCAGCUCUGAAGCUCCGCAAUCUAUCGGGGGUGCCGGAUGACUACUACCCGAGGUGACCGUGAUGCUCGGGGGACCUGCCCCUGCCUGGGGAGAAAAGGAUUGAUUUCCUCUACCUGCUUCCACCCAGUGGGUGGCUUUCUUGUAAUUCUCCAUCUGCUGCUAUGAGCUGUUAAUCAACCCCCUGCAUGAGAAGCGCUCGCUCCCCAGCCAUUGCUCAGCUUGCUUGGUUGAUAUCUUCACAGAGCUGGGCACCGAGGGGACGCAUGGUGCCCUGCCACCUCUGCUGGUCCCUGUCCCCAUCCUGCAGGUGGGCCCCUGCCCUGCUGGACAUUGUGGGAGUAGGUAAAUUGGGUGGUGUGGGGCUGAGCAGCUCCAUCUCACUCCUACAUUGGCUGCUGCAGCAUCCUUAGCAAUGCAAGCAGCUGUUUGCUUGUAUGGAUGCUGUGAUAUUGGGGCCCUGCCCCCCUGGGGCAUGAGUUGGCUUUGGUGGCUGUCCCUAUGCUUUGUGCACUUGCAGAACAGCUCCUCUGGGUCUCCAGUAGAGAUGGAGGUAAUUCCAACAAGGGGGAAACACAGUGGGGGGGGCAGCACCACAGGAUCCACUGAGGUGAGGUGGUCAUGAUGCACUGGUUGGGUUGUCUCUGGGUUCUUUAGGAGCCACCUCUGUGUGUGAUUAGAGCACUGACACUGGAUAGAGCAGCAUGCAGCGCCUGUGGGAACAUCCAUUCCUCAUUGCAGAAGUUCCCAAGCCAGAAAAAAAAACCUAGGGAGUUGUUUUGGGUGAGGGUGAAGGAAUGGGGGUCUGGAUGAGACCAGCUCCAAGUCCUGACUGUGACACUGAGGGCCUGGGCAUGGAGCACAGCUUCUGCCCUGGCCAUGGGGAAGGAGGAAACCAAAGGAGCUCUGUGCCUGGAAAGCAUCUGUAAAGCUGGCUCUGUUUAGGGCUGCAUGCUGCCCCAGACACCUCAACCCAGCUGGGUCCCUACCUUCCCUCAGAUGGAUGGAGAUGCAAAAGCCAUAUCUUGUCUGCAGCCUUUUCUAGAGUUAAAUGCUCAAUGGUUGGCUUUUAACUCUUGAUAGUGAGAGACAUGUGUGCACAGGUCCAAAAGCUACAGAAAGCAGUUAACCUACACUCAAAGAAAAAGAAGAAAACUCCCCUGGAUAAGGAGAUUAUCAAUAAAAUAUAUUUUUCUAACGUGCGUGCGGAGCUGACAGCGCCUAAGGAGGGGGGGGGGGGUCUCUGUGCGCAGGGAGCCACUCACCCAUGAAUGUAUUUUGCAAAGAGUGUGCUGGUGUUCCCUGUCCUGCACUGCAGGCUGGUGGCUGCCUACCUCUGUCAGAACAAAUCCUCAGGUCAACCCAGCUAUUAAAGAGUUCUGUUGCUACCCUGCCUCCCUGUGUGUUUGUGAGGCUGUGACCUCAAGGCUGGCUGGUGGCACUCGGUCCCAGCAUUAAUUGCAUUAAUGACAUCCCUGCAUUCGGAGCACUGAUGAGGCAGCUCGGUCCUGGCAGCUUUCCUACCCUGCCGGUGUCCUUAAAGGAAGGUUUAUUUGGGUGCCCCAUGUGAGCAGAGAGAUUUACUGCCAACUUUAUUUCCAUUGCCUCUUAUCAUGCCUGAGGCUCUAUAAAAAGAAUGGUUUUGGUGGGAUUUAUGCUGCACUGGCAGCAAGGAGACCAUGUUUGGGGUAUCAUUGGCUCUGCCCAGCAU